AAUGAUCUUUCACAUUGGGAGCAUUUUGUUUUGCUUUAUAAAUAGCAUUAGAGUCGACUGUCCCAACGUAGCAACUAGUUAGGUACUGGAACACAAAAAUUAUGGCUUCCUUAGGCUACUUCAAGAAGGAUCUUAACCAGGUAUUAUUCGAAGGAGAUUCAUUUUAUAGGAAAGUGAUAUUGAAUAGACCAACCAAGUUAAAUAGCCUCAGCUAUGAAAUGAUUUCUCAAAUGCUGAAGAAGUUCAGAGACUUUGAGACGGAUUCUAGUGUCAAAUUUGUAAUUUUGAAGGGAAAUGGGAAAGCAUUUUGUGCGGGGGGAGAUGUUGUUUCAGUUGUUGAUUCCAUAAUAACUGGAAACUGGAGCCAUGGAGCAAGAUUUUAUAAGAAACAAUUGACCUUGGACUACUUACUGGCUACAUAUAGAAAACCUUUGCUUCCACUCAUUGAUGGUAUUGUAAUGGGAGGAGGUGCUGGCUUGUCAAUGCACGCAAGGCUUAAGAUUGUCACAGAGAAAACUGUAUUUUCAAUGCCAGAAGUAUUUAUAGGACUUUUUCCUGAUGUGGGGGCUUCGCAUUUUCUUUCUAGGCUCCCAGGGCAUUUUGGAGAAUAUUUGGGACUUACAGGAGCUAGACUAAACGGAGCAGAAAUGCUUGCAUGUGGCUUGGCAACACAUUUUGUUUUCUCACAAGAUUUGCCUUUGUUAGAAAAUGCACUCCAAACGUUAGCAUCGUCAGAGAUGACAACAAUUUGUGAAGUUAUUAAUAAAUUUAGCAAAAAGCCAAAUACAAGAGAAGACAGCAUUUAUCGAAGAUUGGAGACUAUCAACAAAUGUUUCUGCAAAGACUCGGUUGAGGAAAUUUUACAGGCACUUGAAAAUGAGACGAAAAACAAAGCAGAAAUUUGGAUCACCAAGGCAAUAAAUUCCAUGAAGGCAGCUAGUCCAACAAGCCUCAAGAUUUCCCUUAGAUCGGUAAUUUCUAUUGAAGUGGUUUAUAUAUAUAUAUAUACACACUCGAAACUGAAUUUAGGUGGAAGGGGGGAGGGAAUUUAUUGGCAUUUGGAUAUAAAUUUUGCAUUAUGACAUUGAUUCAGUGCUUCAUAUUUAUACCUAUACAAAAAUGCACGUAAAUAUUAGCAUUUCAAUCACACUUAUUGGUUCAAUUUUUUUUAAAAUUAUUUUCUUAAUUUUUUUAUAAAGUAAAAGUGAAAAUAAAAAGGCAUCUUUGGUAAAUAUAUAUUUAUUAAAUUUAUUUAAAUAUUAACUUGCUCAUUGUAAUGACAUUAAUAGUUAUGAUGUUGGUGAUGAUGGGAUACAAUCACUAUAAAUUAACAUCUUCACAAAAAGUUUUUAAUAAUUAAAAAAUUAAUUGAUAAUAUUGAAAUUUUCAGAUA